CUCCUUCUACAAAGCCUUCAUACACUAAACAAUAUAAAGUGCCUCAAAGAGAGAGAACUCUGAGAGUUUUAUUCUUCAUAUGUGUGUCCUAGUGUACUAGAAUUCACAUCCUUCAUGUGGCUCUGCAACUACUUUCCAUACAAAAAUAGGUGGGUGAUGUUACAGCUUCUUUCUUAUGAGUGUAGUCCCUUAGUGUGUGAGAGAGAGAGAGAAGUUGCCUUCUUCUUCUUCUUCUAGAGAAAUUGGUUCUCUAAGAUGGGCAAACAUAGGUUUAGACUCUCUGACAUGUUGCCAAACUUCUGGUUCUACAAGCUCAAGGACAUGGGAAGAGCUAGUAGAAGCCAAAGGAUCACACAGUCCAUUAAGAGAAACCCUCCAACAACCAGCACCAUACCUUCCAUUACACCAAGACCACUCCCACCACCCAACCAAGCCUACCUUCCCAACAGAGCAUCCUACUACUUUUCCAGCAAAGAGAGAUUCCCUCUCUCCCCCAUCCACCAGAAGGCCUCGGUCACCCAUUUCCCCGUAGACCCUCCAAGGAAAUCCAAGCGAAGAACCAGGAGAAGAAGGCCCACUGAACCUUCUUCCGAGCUGGUCGCAACCUCUGUUUCCAGGUGCAACUGCCGCGCCACCUUCCCCUCUGCUUGCAAACCCGAGACCAUUCGCGAGGCCCUUCUGAAUCGCCUUGACGACGACGACGAUGAUCUCUGUAAGCCCAUCAUUGCUGAGAAAUUGGAAUUCAACAGCCGCCAGGUCGCCGCCUCUGCCACCGAUUUCAUAAUCGACGUCGAAACCAAGGACUGUUUCGAUCCGUUCAAAAGUUUUCAAGACAUGGAAUCAGUUCCAGAGCUCAAAUUACUCCCACCGAUUGCUACAAAGCCCAUGAAGAAAGAGGUCGACGAGACCGAAGAGGAUGCAAGGAUUGCGACCGGAAAGCAGGGGAGAUACCACCAUACUAGUCAUACGAAGGAGACCAGCAAAAGCCCCGCAAGGCGAUCAGUUCCACGGAUUAAGGUGCGCGUAGGCUCUCCAAGGCUUGGUACCAAGAGACUGCAGGCUUGUCGGAGCCAGAAGACGACGAUAGGUUUGAAGAAGGCAAUUCAGCGGAGGAAGGGACUAAUGGAGAGCUCUGUGGUGGUGAAGUCGUCGUUGGACCCCCGAAGGGACUUCAGGGAGUCUAUGGUCGAAAUGAUCAUCGAGAAUAACCUCCGGGCAUCGAAGGACUUGGAGGAGCUACUGGCUUGCUACCUGUCCCUGAAUUCAAAGGAGCAUCACGAUAUUAUCAUCCAGGUGUUCGAGCAAAUCUGGUUUGAACUCUCUGACAUUAGAUUGUAAACAAGUGUGUACUAGAAUUGAGGUUUGCAAGGAUAUAUAUAUAUCUUGUAUUGAAUUAUAUAUAACAUUGAUGAUAUAAAGCUGUCUAUGGA